AUGGAGAAAGGAGAGCUAACCGACGAGCUGCUUGAGCAUAUGCCAGAGCUUAAUGAAGCUAAAAAACUCAACGAUAAGCUGAAAUAUAGAAUGUCGAUUCUCGAAAAGAGCAUUGCUGAUCAAACCUCACAAAACAAAAAGAACGGAGUGAAAACAGUUAUUCCAUCUUCUGGACCUAAUGCAGCUCCGGUUGAGAAGAAAGGGAAGAAGGAUGGCAAAACCGGCGGCGCACUACCAAAGCAGGCUAAAAAGAUUGAUUACGUCACAGUUGAGGACUACGGUAGUAGUAUUCUUGGAAGACUUCAGUCCCUUUUCAAGAAUGCUAUUUCGGAAGCUUUCCCAGGACUCGAUGCUCCUCUUCUUUUGGCCGAAACGCCAAAUCCACAGUUCGGAGAUUAUCAGUGUACAUCAGCAAUGCCGAUUGCUGCAAAGCUCAAAAUCAACGGAAUCAACAAAAAACCAGCAGAUGUUGGUAAAGAAAUCAAUGCAAAGCUUCCAAAAAAUAUCGACUUUAUUGAAAAAAUUAUCGUCAUGCCUGCUGGAUUUAUUAACAUCUUUCUGAAAACGGACUAUAUCCGCAGCCAAGUUUCUCUGCUUGCUUCCAAAGGAAUCUCAUUACCGAAAGUAGCCAAAAAGAGGGUUCUUGUCGACUUUUCAUCUCCCAACAUCGCGAAAGAAAUGCAUGUUGGUCACUUGAGAUCUACAAUCAUCGGCGACUCAAUUUGUCGGCUAUUCGAGUCUGUUGGAUUCGAUGUUCUUCGAGUGAAUCAUAUCGGUGACUGGGGAACACAGUUCGGAAUGCUCAUCGCUCAUCUUUAUGACCGAUUUCCUGAUUUCUUAAAUAAGCUUCCACAUAUCUCGGAUCUUCAAGCUUUUUACAAAGAAUCAAAGAAACGUUUCGAUGAAGAUGAAUCGUUCAAGAAGCGCGCUUAUGAGUGUGUUGUCAAACUUCAAAGCCAUGAUGGAGACAUAGUGAAGGCAUGGAACACUAUCUGUGAUGUUUCAAAAAAGUAUAAUCAAAUCGUUUAUGAUUACUUGGACAUCAAAAUCAAGGACGUUGGAGAAUCAUUCUAUCAAGAUAAAAUGGUCGACCUUGUCAAAUGGAUGAAGCAAAAUAAACCGGACAUGCUCCGUGAAGAAGAUGGACGCCAAAUUAUGUUUCCUUCUGGCUGUGAUGUACCUUUGACUGUCGUUAAAUCGGACGGUGGAUUUACAUAUGAUACUUCCGAUUUGGCAGCUCUGAAGUACAGAAUGCUGGAGGAGAAAGUUGACUGGAACAUUUAUGUCGUGGACGCGGGACAAAGUCUUCAUUUAGAGACAGUCUAUGCUGCUGGAAGAGAUUUUGGAUGGUACGAUGAAUCUAAACAGAGAGUUGAGCAUGUUGGAUUUGGUCUUGUACUAGGAGAUGAUAAGAAGAAGUUCAAAACACGAAGUGGAGAAACAGUUCGUCUUCUAGAUUUAUUGUCGGAAGGAGUUAAAAGAGCAACGGAGAAGUUGAAAGAAAAGAAGAGAGAAGCAGUUAUGACUGAAGAGGAGCUGGCUACUGCCAGAGAUGCGGUAGCUUUUGGAUGUGUCAAAUAUGCUGAUUUGUCUCAUACUCGUACACAGGAUUAUGUGUUCUCAUUCGACCGAAUGCUCGAUGAUCGCGGUAAUACCGCUGUCUAUCUCCUGUAUGCGUAUGCUCGAAUCCGUUCAAUUGUUCGAACAUCAGGAGUUAAUGACACACAAUUAUCCGAGUAUGUUUCCAAUACGCCCGUUCUCCCAUUGAAUCAUCCGGCCGAAUUGAAACUCGCCAAGCAUUUGCUGAAGUUAUCCGAUUGUAUCCUGCUCGUGUUGGACUCAUUGAUGCUGCAUCAAGUGUGUGACUAUGUUUAUCAACUGGCUACGCUUUUCCACGACUUCUACAAUGAGUGCUACGUUAUCGAGAAAAAAGGAGACGAGCCCCCUGUUGUUCAUUUCCAUCGUUUAGCUCUCUGCGAAGUUACGGCCAACGUCAUCUCAACUUGUUUCAAGAUUCUCGGAAUCCGUGAAGUACCGAAAAUGUAA